AUGGCCUCUCUGGCAUUGGUCGGGAUGCUGUGGGCGUGGCUCCAGGCGGCCGUCCACGGUAACUACGGGGACAACGUGUCCCACGUCCUGCACCACUGCCCCAAGGUGUGCAUCUGUGCCUCGGACCUGCUGAGCUGCUCCAACCGAAACCUCCACGUCGUGCCCGCGCCCCUACCCGUCAUGACCACCACGCUGGACCUCAGCUACAACAUGCUCUCCCACCUCCACCCCGGCUGGCUGGCCGCCCUGCCCCGCCUGCGCAAACUCCGCCUGGCCCACAACCAGCUGAGGAGUCUGGCCCGGGGCACCUUCCACAACGCCAGUGGGCUCCGCUGCCUCGACCUGUCUUCCAAUGGCCUCCACGCCGUGGGCCGCCAUGACUUUGAGGGGCUCCCGGAGCUGGAGGAGCUGCUGCUCUACAACAACCACAUCGGCUCUGUGGAGCACGGGGCCUUCCGCGGGCUGGGGAGUCUCAGCCGGCUCUACCUGAGCUGCAACCGCCUCACGGAGUUCUCCUUCCGAGACCUGCACGGGCUCAGCCCACAGCAGCUGCGGGUCCUCGACCUCUCCACCAACAAGCUGGCCAGCAUCCCCGUGAAGGAGGUGGUGGCCCUCCCUGCCUUCAUCAAGGACGGCCUCUAUCUGCACAACAACCCCAUCCGCUGUGGCUGCAGCCUCUACCACAUGCUUCUGCGCUGGAGGCAGCGCGGCUUCCGCUCAGUCUGUGACUACCUGGAGGAGCACGUGUGCGUGGCCUUUGAGGUGCCCUCCUCCCGGGUGCGCUUCUUCACUCACAGCAAGGUCUUCGAGAACUGCUCCUCGCUGGGCCCCAGCCCGGAGAGGCCCGAUGUGCACCUGGAGGUGCAGGUGGGCCAGCCGCUACUCAUCCCCUGCGACACCGGCGCCCCUGCUGCCCGCUAUGCCUGGGUCUCCCCGAGCAAUGAGCUCCUUGUGUUCCCGGGCAACAAGGACAACUCCAUCCGGGUGCUGAGCAACGGCAGCCUGUCCAUCAGGAAGGUCCAGGCCAGCCAUGCCGGGGUCUUCGUGUGCCUGGCUGCUGGGAGCCGCCUUCACCACAACCAAACACAUGAAUACAAUGUCACCGUGCGCAACGCCCCGCAUGAGUCAGAAUCCUUCAACACGGGCUUCACCACCCUGCUGGGCUGCGUGGUCAGCCUGAUUCUGGUCCUGCUCUAUCUCUUCCUGACGCCCUGCUCCUGCUGCUGCCGGUGCUGCCGGCCUGUGCCCCUUAUUCCGCCCCAGGAAUGUAGCGCCCAGUCGUCCAUCCUAAGCUCUACCCCGCCUGCUGCCGAUGGCCCUGGGCGCAAAGCCAGCACCCACAAACACGUUGUCUUCCUGGAGCCCGUCAAGGAGGGCCAAAAUGGCAGGGUCAAACUGGCCGUCAGUGAGGACUUUGACCUGAGGAAUCCUAAAAUCCUGCAGGUCAAAUCAGACUCAGAAUCCAUCAGCUCCAUGUUCUCUGACACGCCCAUCAUGUCCUAACAGGUGUCCGGGGCGCCUGUGGCAAUCCAGGGCCUCCAGUUGGAGGGGCCAGGCCGGGCCUGGGGGGGCCCACAUAUGUCCGUAGUGCUGGGUUUUCCUCUUUAGAUCAAUACCUCUGCUGUUCCAUCUGUCAGCCUUGCCUGCAGCCCAUCCCCUCCUAUCCAUUAAACAUAACUCAAACUUGCCAGAAACGAGGCCAUUAGUCGCAUCUGCCAAUGGACUCAAUUUCUCAUCAGGACUAGCCCAGAGGAAAGAAGACUAGGGAAAGGCGCAGGGUAUGGCCAGAGUCCUCUGUCUGUCACUGCAGAGGCACCCCUCAAGGUGGGGAAAGGAAAAAGGCCCAAAGAUACAACUAGCUGCUGUUUCCCUGAAUGCAGGGCUAGACCAUCCAGGUCAGGGCAUGGGGAGAAAUUGUCCCAGGAAUCCUGCCAUCCCAGCUUCUGGAGGAGCCAAGCUCUCUCCAUGUGGCAAUGUGCUGGGGGAAGGGGGGGGGGGUGGCUUUACAAAUCACCUACCCCUGGCCCAGCCACUGGGCUGGAUCUCUAAGAGUCUUAUCUAUCACACAGAGCAAACAGUUCCAACUCCCAAACUGUUUUUCCAGACCUCUGGGGGCUGAAGCUGAAUUUAAAGUUUCCCAGCUCCCAAGACUCUUCCAAGCUCCUGCAGUCACCCCCCUGCACCUCCAUGGCUGAAAAGAAAUCCCAACAGUUCACCCAAGGGCUGGAGCUUGUCUGUACAGCCUCAGUCCAAGCACCCUGUUUGUACCCCCCACCCCUCCCUCAGCCUCCAACCGCUCUCACAGAUCUAGGCACCAUGGAAGUCUUUGGCACCAUUCCCCUUCCCCUUCAGGACAGAAAUGUUUUCUUCUUAAGAACAGUCUGCCUUUUACAGCACUAAUACCUGGGCUAGCUCGCCCUGCAAGAAACAUGGGGGCAGAGGAGAUAGAAGGAAUAGAAACAAUCGAAUAAGGGAUGCAGCGUCACCAUUCCUGGGUCCUGACUGUCCAGGAAUUUAUCUACUGGGAAAUAAUCAGCCCCCAGACUGAUCCAAGGAGGGGCACGGCUGGAUUCUUCAAGGUCUUUCUUAAAGCUGACUUUGCACUGGACUUCCCCUGGAACCGGAGAGGGAGGUGGAUGAGCCGGUCCUCUGAGUACAACUCCACUCCCCAGAAAGAGAAAAUUUUGCCCAAGUUGCUGAAUAUUCUGGCAACUGGUUGCAAAUCCCUGAGCUAAUACUCCCAUUACCCCUCUAUUCCUGGUCCAGAACCUGUUCUGCAUUCUCUAUGCUAGGUCUCCUUGAUAGCUCUACAAUUAUUUAAUAAAGGCCCCAAGGACAGUCACCAGGUAGCCUCUUCAUUCACCAUAAAGGCAACUUGAAUUAAA